GUAUUACUUUCCAUGCCUGCCCUCAAAGUUAGCCUUCAUUCAAAACCACGGUCUAAAGAUUGAGCAUUUGACAGCGCAAACGGAAGGUAGCAGCGUCGUUGCCUUGACCCCAGCUUUAACCUACUGCUGACAAGAGUAACCGAGAAGUCUGAUCUUGUCGGCCUCCAUAAUACUGAAAUCCACGCAUCUCAGGUCGCUAUCACACUAUCCCCAGGGUAUACAGAGCAUGACCGCUAGUAUGGAAGACAGCAGAACCGAGCCAUGGCUACCAUGGGCUGGUUUACUGCUGGAGGCUGGGACUCAGCGUCUCCUUCUCAGCUCGGUCUACGUCCUAAUCUUUGUAUACCAUACGCGCCGCAGUCUACCAGUCUACCGUGCCAGUUGGCAUCAGGAAAGGAUUUUUACCUUGACACUGCAUAUACUGUCUGGUGUCAUCGAGUUGGCCAGGUACUAUCUACGUGCGAUCGAGGGCACUGUCCUGCCGGACAUUAUGGACACAAUCUUGUGUUUGAUCCAUUCCUUGACAACUCUGAGACUUGCCAGGCCACUAUUGAGGGGCAAUGAAACGACACGGGCGGCUUACCAGGCGCCCGCCAUCAUACGACCGAUACUGGCUGUCAUGGCGAUCGUUCGCAAAGAUUCCAGUUUGCAUGGAGCUGUUGUCAAACUACUGCACGCUUUCCUCUAUACCCGGUUGCUCAUCUUCGCAUCUAAGCGAAUUAGAUUGACCAAGGUUCAAUCUCAAUCCACCAUAUACGCCCAAUCUGUUUUUCUAGGUGCUGUCUUGGCUAUAGAGUCAUCUGCUCUUCCUGGGGCAGUGGCAGUCUACAUUGGCGCGGUUGGUUUGGUAAUGGUCAUGAAUCGAUCCGUAUCCAAUCAUUUAUCUCGAUCACGAGAGGCAGUCAAAUCUUCCUCACGGCUUUAUCAACUUUUAGUAGAAUCCUGUUUAUGGAUUGGACUGACUGAGCUUAGUAGCAUUAAGGCUCAUGAACCUCUAGCGCUUGCGUCCUGUGCGAAUGAUGAGUAUACGGAUGACAAAACCGCUGGUGGAGACAAAAAAGACCCUCAAUCUCGUCGGUCAUUGAAGCAAGACUAGCUUUUCAUAUAUAGAAGGCUAUUUAUCAUACGGGCGGGAAGCUGUUCGUAUCUGCGACAAGCUCUCCAUUUGGAAAGGACAGGUAACAGAAUUGUGUGCCAAGUUCAAGAAACAGCAUAUAUUGCAAUACUUGAAUUUAUAAUAACUAGUCAUAAACUAGCCAAAAGCUUAAAACGAGACCGCAGACAGCGGUAAUAACCCGAAUUCAUUACAUGGCUAUUUUGAUGUUGACGAAUGCAGUCUCGAUUGGUGUUUGAUCAAAAUCGACAAAGCAGAUCAGCCUACAAGAUGGCAGCUAGGCAUGCUU